UUUAACACAAUCGACGUCCUGAAUUUGUAUCUUAAACGUGAUCGAGAGUAAUACAUGAUGGAAGAUAAAGUACUGCAAGAUGAAACGUCUAUUUUUUCGGAACAUUUUCAUCAAUUUCUUGAACCGUGCUUGGAACCCGUGUUGAAUUUUUUAAGUUUUAAUGCACAUUGUGAUCAAGCUUUCAAUAUAGUGGACUUCGGGACGUUCAAUGGGCGAACUGUUUCUUCAUUCCUGAAAUUACUCAUUGGACAAAUUCGAGCAGAGUCCGUAUCUCGAGAAAUUGCUGUGUUUUUCAACGAUCAAACAACCAACGAUUUCAACGCUUUAAUGAAGACUAUUACAGCUUUCAAAGAAGAAAUGAAUGAUCCCAAUAUAAGAAUUUUCAUCAAUCCUAGCAAUGCUUAUGGACGCUGCCUUCCGGAAUCAAGUAUCGACAUUGGUAUUUGUUCACUCAUGGUGCAGUGGCUAUCAACGCCGAUACGUCUAGAUAAAGAGUUAGUUUACCUGCCUGGAAAGACAGAGAACGAAGAAGUUAUAGAAAAAGCAGCCAAGGACUGGGAAAAUUUUCUUUGCUCCAGAUCCAGAGAGAUGAAAAAAGGUGCUGUGUUUCUUGUUGUUGUGGGCUACAUUUCUACAGAAUUGUAUGGAAUUCUGUGUGAUGAAUUCUAUCAACUUUAUGAUAGAAAUAUCAUUACAAAGGAAGAAUUGUCAAACACCACCAUACCAAUCUACCCCUACAGAACAGAGACUGAACUCAGGGCACCAUUUGACGACAUUGGCCAGCAGAUCGGUAUUCAACUUCUAGAACUGCGGAAAAAACCUGCCAAGGUAUAUAAAAAUAAGGAUUUUGUGGCAAAUCUGAGGUUUUGGUUUAAUUGCAGCAUAAUGGCGGGGCUCGGUAAAACCAGAAAUGAUAUGGAAGCUGCUGAAAUCUCCAACACUUAUUUUCAACACUUAAGAGAUCGGUUAAUAGACCGGAAAUGGAUUGAUUGCUUCGUGUUUGACGUUAUUUUUCAGAAAAUCUAGUAAUAUUUCAAGUUUUGAGUUCUACCGGAGAUCUCUUGCUGAUCGUUUCAUCAUCGUUUGUGGACUUGUUUUGCCUAAAAUGGCUGAAUCAAUCACAUAAUAAACAGAGGCGUAAAAUAUAUGUAAAACAGAUAUUUUUCAUAAAUUCAUUACAUAAAUAAAACAGAAAA